AUGGCGCUGCUGCGGGACGUGUCGCUGCAGGACCCGCGGGACCGCUUCGAGCUGCUGCAGCGCGUGGGCUCCGGCACCUACGGCGACGUCUACAAGGCCCGCGACACCGCCACGUCCGAGCUGGCCGCGGUGAAGAUCGUGAAGCUGGACCCAGGGGACGACAUCAGCUCCCUCCAGCAGGAAAUCACUAUCCUCCGGGAGUGCCACCACCCCAACGUGGUGGCCUACAUUGGCAGCUAUCUCAGGAAUGACCGCCUGUGGAUCUGCAUGGAGUUCUGCGGAGGGGGGUCCCUGCAGGAGAUUUACCACGCCACGGGGCCCCUGGAGGAACGGCAGAUUGCCUACGUCUGCCGGGAGGCGCUGAAGGGGCUGCACCACUUGCAUUCCCAAGGGAAGAUCCACAGGGAUAUCAAGGGCGCCAACCUCCUCCUCACCCUCCAGGGAGAUGUCAAGCUGGCUGACUUUGGGGUAUCGGGCGAGCUGACGGCGUCUGUGGCUAAGAGGCGGUCUUUCAUUGGGACUCCGUACUGGAUGGCCCCGGAGGUGGCCGCCGUGGAGCGCAAAGGUGGCUACAAUGAGCUGUGUGACGUCUGGGCGCUGGGCAUCACGGCCAUUGAGCUGGGCGAGCUGCAGCCCCCCCUGUUCCACCUGCACCCCAUGAGGGCCUUGAUGCUCAUGUCCAAGAGCAGCUUCCAGCCGCCCAAGCUGAGGGACAAGACACGCUGGACUCAGAAUUUCCACCACUUCCUCAAGCUGGCCUUGACCAAGAACCCCAAGAAGAGGCCAACAGCAGAGAAGCUUCUGCAGCACCCCUUCACGACGCAGCAGCUCCCCCGGGCUCUCCUCACACAGCUGCUGGACAAGGCCAGUGACCCCCAGCUGGGCGCCCUCUCCCCGGAGGACUGUGACCUGGAGGCGUACGACAUGUUUCCAGACACCAUUCACUCCCGCGGUCAGCACGGCCAGGCCGAGAGGACCCCCUCGGAGAUCCAGUUUCACCAGGUGAAGUUUGGCGCCCCCCGCAGGAAGGAGACGGACCCGCUCCCGGAGCCGUGGGAAGAGGAGUGGACCCUGCUGGGAAAGGAGGAGCUGAGUGGGAGCCUGCUGCAGUCCGUCCAGGAGGCCCUGGAGGAGAGGAGCCUGACCAUCCGGCCAGCCUUGGAACUGCAGGAGCUGGACUCCCCAGACAAUGCCAUGGGAACCAUCAAGCGGGCCCCGUUGGGGCCGGGCCCACAUGAGCCCCCAGCUGAGGCCCCUCUGUCCAGCCCCCCAGGAACCCCACCCCGCCCUCUCCCGGGCUCCGACAGCCCCCCGCCUCUCCCCACCGCCUGGGCCACCAUGAAACACCGGGAGGAUCCUGAGAGAUCGUCCUGCCAUGGGCUGCCCCCGACCCCCAAGGUGCACAUGGGAGCCUGCUUCUCCAAGGUCUUCAACGGCUGCCCCCUGCGGAUCCACGCUGCUGUCACCUGGAUUCACCCCGGCACCCGGGACCAGUUCCUGGUGGUGGGCGCCGAGGAGGGCAUCUACACCCUCAACCUGCACGAGCUGCACGAGGACACCCUGGAGAAGCUGAUCUCACACCGCUGCGCCUGGCUCUACUGCGUGAAUAACGUGCUGCUGUCACUCUCAGGGAAAUCCACGCACAUCUGGUCCCACGACCUCCCAGGCCUCUUCGAGCAGCGGCGACUGCAGCAGCAGGUCCCCCUCUCCAUCCCCACCAACCGCCUCACCCAGCGCAUCAUCCCCAGGCGCUUUGCCCUGUCCACCAAGAUCCCGGACACCAAAGGCUGCCUGCAGUGCCGCGUGGUGCGGAACCCCUACACGGGCAGCACCUUCCUGCUGGCCGCCCUGCCCGCCAGCCUGCUCCUGCUGCAGUGGUACGAGCCGCUACAGAAGUUCCUGCUGCUGAAGAACUUCUCCAGCCCCUUGCCCAGCCCAGCCGGGAUGCUGGAGCCGCUGGUCCUGGAGGGGAAGGAGCUCCCGCAGGUGUGUGUGGGGGCCGAGGGCCCCGAGGGGCCCGGCUGCCGCGUCCUGUUCCACGUCCUGCCGCUGGAGGCCGGCCUGACCCCUGAUGUGCUCGUACCGCCUGAGGGGCUCCCAGGCUCCGCCCAGCAGGUGGUCCAGGUGGACAGGGACACAGUGCUGGUCUGCUUUGACCGCUGUGUGAGGAUCGUCAACCUGCUGGGCGAGCCUGCAGCCACCCUGGCUCCCGUGCUGACCUUUGACUUCCCCAUUGAGACUGUGGUGUGUCUGCAGGACAGCGUGCUGGCCUUCUGGAGCCACGGAAUGCAGGGCCGCAGCCUGGACACCAACGAGGUGACCCAGGAGAUCACCGAUGAGACGAGGGUCUUCCGGGUGCUUGGGGCCCACAGAGACAUCAUCCUUGAGAGCAUUCCCACCGACAACCCUGGGGCUCACAGCAACCUCUACAUCCUCACCGGCCACCAGAGCAGCUACUGA